AAGGCGACUUCCUUUUAGGAUAAGAAGGAUCUGCUGGUGAAGGUGAAGCGAGAUUGCUUCCAGUUUCGCUGGGUUUCUCUAGAGUGAUGUAACCAGCUUGGUAACGUUCAAAGGAGGACGGGCACCCCGAAGAGGAGAAAAUGAUUAUACACUUAUGGAGAUAUUUCUAUACAAAUAUCUUUCGAUUUUGGCUAAAAUGGAUCGUAAGACUGGUAACUGGAAAAUGUGAAUUGCAACGUAUUUGUAAUGGCACAAGGAAAAAUGCAGAAAGAACACUACGAAUAGAAUAUUCACUGGAAUCAUCAAAGUAUAAGUCCUUGCAAAAUGCUGUGAAUGCUACUGAAGAUGAAGUGGAAAAAUAUGUUGCGUUCAUAAUAGAAGAAAAGAAGAUUAAAAUACAGAAAGAUAUAGGGUUUGCUUCAAAGCUACAAUUAUGUUUGCUCCAAAUAUCAGGCUUCAGGAAACUCUGUUUGGCUGUAGAAGAUCUCAGAAAACAAGUAUAUAAUUCAGACAGUAAAGAACAUGAAGAACAGUUAAUGGAGCUCUGGAAUUUGUUAAUGCCCCAUGAAAAACUGAAAGCUAGAAUCACAAAACAGUGGUGUGACAUUGGUUUCCAAGGUGAUGACCCUAAAACAGACUUCAGAGGAAUGGGAAUGCUGGGAUUAACUAAUCUUCUAUAUUUUAGUAAACAUUAUCCUCAUGAAGCUCGUCAAAUCCUUGCCCGUUCAAAUCAUCCAAAACUUGGAUACUCUUAUGCAAUUGUUGGGAUCAACUUGACAGAGAUGGCUUACUGUCUGUUAACAAAGGGACUUUUAAAAAGUCACUUUUACAACUCGGUUCCUGGUACUCCGCAGCUGAACGAUUUCCAUCAGUUUUACUGUUACUUGACUUACGAGUUUGACAAAUUUUGGUUUGAAGAGAAGCCGGAGAGUAUUAUGUACUUCAACCAGUAUAGAGAGAAGUUUCACGAAAAAGUCAAAAGACAACUCCUGGAUUAUAAUGUGGUUCUUGCCUUAAAAAAUGAAAAAUAGAAAUGUGUGAUUCUUUGAGUUCUGUAUAUAAAUAUUAUGCACUUGACCGGAACUCUUGUAUUCAACCAAAAAUUCCAUUUAAUGCUCAAAGUUUUAUACAACCAUUAUUUUUAUAGAAAAAUGAGCUUGGACAAUCAAUACUUAUUUAAGACUGAACAUUAUAUUCUAAAGAUAAUUUUUUUAAUAUUAAGAUUCUUAUGGGAUCAUAGGACCUCACAGUUUUUGUACACUUAGUAAAAGUGAAAAAUAAUUUUGAACUUUAUCACAUUGCUCAACAAUAGCUUCAUAUCUAAAUUUGAUUCGUAUUUGAUUUAUAGUAAGAGAUGGUAUGAUAUUUCAUGAAUAGAAAUUUUGUUCUAGUUUUUUUAUAUUGUAUAUUUUGUUCUUUUCAAAUAUGGAAGAUGUAGCACUCUAUUAUGAUUUGGAAAAGAAUACACAUCAAUAAGUAGUAUGUUACUUAGAUGAAUGAAAGCAGUCUUUAGUGUCCUUAUUUAGCCAUAUUCAUUAACUUUUUUAUCUCCCUUUAGAUGAGUAUAGACAGACACUACCAGAUGAACCUUUCAUUUUAAAAGAAACUUUACAUAGUGCCAUAAACACUAAGGCUAAAUAAUUUUUGCCUGUAUUGUACUAUAAUUGCCAUCACAUAUCAAUCCCUGUCCCUCCACCUGCUUUUCUUCAGCUAACAAACUUUUAGGAGGCAUAGAAGCUUAGAGGAUUAGAGCUUAAAGUAUUUAAUAGAAGAUAAUCAAUAAUUAGUCAAUUGAAUUCUUUUUUCAAUAUACUUGUAUCAUUUAUUGAGGACUACGUAUUGGAUAUUCUCAGACAAUCUAAGCAAUAGGAUUGUACUCAUGUUGAAAAUCUACAAAGCCUUGUUAAUUUUUUUUCUAAAUAAAACUUUGUAUUUAGCCUUGUUGGCAUUUGAGAAACGGACAGAGUGAUCAAGGUUGUUACUUUAAAGUGCCUUUUACUCACAGCAAUUGAGUAUCAUCCCUGGAGCUGGGAUUAACUGAUUUCUAGAUAGCUCCUAGGAUGUGCUUAUAUCUAAUACUGGAAUUGGGCAUAUUUAAUCUUACUAACUAAAAAUUUACUUGUGAAUUAUAUCACCAAUCUGUAAAAAAUUAAAUAAAAGUAUUUGAAGAAUAUUUUAAGAAGAGUAUGAUUAUAUAUGACAAUUUGGGCAAAAUUUAUUAUGGAUUGGGCCCUGACAAACAAAUAGAAGGCUUAUUUUUACUGUUUACAAUUAUCUUGCAAAUGCUCAUUUUAUCAAAAAAAAAAUUGCUGAAAGAAAACAUUAGAUACUAUAUAAAAUGCAUGUUGGACACUUUUUUUAAAAAAAAUCUGGUUUAUACUGUCCUACUGAGCUUUCUUUACAAGUAUAGCUCUGCUUUAUUAUGAAUCAGGGAUUCUUCCUGUGAAACAAAAUUAAAAAACUCAUAUAGUUAGUUGUAUGGGGAUACUGGAGACAUUUGUUCAUGGCAUGCAAUUGCAUUGAAUUCAUUAUUGGAUGAAUUUUUUUAAAAAUAUAAGAUUGUUCCUUUUUCAUAAUAUAAAGAUUAGGUUUGCUGUAAAAUGCAUCAAAACACUGGAAUCCAAAGGUUUUGAAUCAGUUUACCAGAAAUUUCAGACUGUAUCUUACUGGUAGUUUGUAGUAAAUGCUAUCCUAAUUAUUUUAUUAAUCUGUUUUUGAUUGGGAUUGUAGUACACUUGCAGAUCUCAGAUGCUGACUCUGAGCCUUCACAAGCAUUAUUUAAUUGGUUAUCUGGUUAACAGUUUUAUGGGCUAAUCUUUCUCCAAUAGUUAGAAGUGCUGUCAAUUUCCUUAGGCUAUUAAUGGUGAUUGGGGGAAUCAAUACUUUUUUAUCAUGUUUAAAGGAAAGAACACACAUUUUCUAGGCUAGAUUUUAGAAAACACUGAAUAUUGAAAUGGCCACUGUGGUCUCCCAAAUACAGUUUUAUCUUUCCUUACAGGCAUUCAGGAAUUUGGCUGUCUCAUAGUCAGUCUAUCAAUUCAGGGAAAAGAGCAAAGUUUGUCACUGAUCUUUUGCAACGUUUAGACAACUGCAGAAACAUUUGCUACAGCUGACUGUAUGAAUUGGUUCCCAAUUUUGUGUGAAGGGCUGCAACCUGUUAUGCUGCAACACCAUCCUUGUAAGAUUGAGGCUUUAGAACAACAUUAGGCUUCCUUUGUGGGCUUGGGGCACAUUUAGAAUUUUGAGAGCAUGUGGUGGGUAUUCUCAGAAAAUGGUUGAAUAUGGUUUGUGAAUGUAUAAAGGCAAAACCUCAAAUUUGGGACGUUCAUUGUGAAUGCUUUGAAACUAUUUCACAUUCGCUUCUUAAGAUCCCUACACUGACAAAUAAUGUGUAAUAACAAAAUAUAAAGACAAUGUUAAUAGUUAAAGCAGAAACCAGUAUUUAAGUAACUUAUUAGGUUCAUGUUACAACAAAAUGCUUAUAUUAUAUGGAAAAACUUAAAUCUUAGUAAGUGAAAAUUAAAAGAAGGCACAAGCUUAUACCCUGCUUCAGCUAGUGUGAUCUUUUUAAAGCUGCUAAUAGUUGUAGUUGAGAAUUUUCAGUAAGAGGAUUUGUAUCUGGGGUGUGCAAAGUCCAUCUGAUCCAGGGCUUCAGAAAUGAUCCAGUUAGAUAUGGGUUAUUUUGGAUAUAAAUUAUUGCCUGAUAUAGAGAAACAUUGGUCCCUUUUCCAAAGUCUUAGCAUGGGAAGAAGCUAAGCAGCUAUAACAUUUUUGUCUGAAUAGGAGUGGAGUGAAUUACAAACAAGGUGGACAUUAUGAGGGGAUGAAGUAC